AUGUCCACGCUCGAACAGUCUACCCUUAUCGAUUCAUUAAUUCUACACACAACCUGUGUUCACCUCCAGGACCUCAUCACUGAGUCAGAUACCAACAUGCAGAAAGCUGCACGACUCGUCUUCAUCCCUUCUCCGGGAGUGGGUCAUCUCGCCUCCACCAUUCAGUUCGCCAACCUUCUCAUCAACCGCCAUGACAGUCUCUGGAUCACUGUGUUGGUAACCAAACUACCAUCUGACACUACAACUGCUGUUUACACAGAUUCCCUUCACUCACAGCGUCUUCAGGUCAUCAACCUCCCCGAAUCUUCCUCUAACUCCAAACAAACCACAAUGAAAGAACUUCUCGACCUGCAAAAGCCACACGUCAAACAAGCUGUCACCAACCUCACUCCCGCCCCACCACUCGCCGCCUUUGUCGUCGACAUGUUCUGCACCACCAUGAUCGAUGUGGCCAAAGAUUUCCAAGUCCCUUCACUCGUGUUUUACACAUCUGGUCUUGCAUUCCUUGGUUUGGUUCUUCAUCUUCACACCCUCAGGGAAGAGGGAAAGGCGGAGUUCACGGAGUCCAACAGGGAGUUGGUGAUCCCGAGUUUCGUGAACCCAAUCCCACCGGCGGCUUUGCCUUCUAUAGUGGUGAGCAAGGAGUGGGAACCAUUCUUCAUGGAAUAUGCGAGGGGCCUGAAGAAUGCCGAUGGCAUUAUUGUAAAUUCCUUCGAGGAGCUAGAAUCCCAUGCUGCUCACUCCUUCCUUCACGGGCCUCAACCCAUUUAUCCAGUGGGGCCCAUUCUUAAACCCAAGCCCGAGAUCCAUGUCAAUGACAGUGACAUCCUCAGUUGGCUUGACCAGCAACCUCCUUCCUCGGUUGUGUUCCUGUGCUUCGGGAGCAUGGGUGCUUUUGGUGAGGAUCAGGUGAGGGAGAUUGCACAUGCUCUUGAGAACAGUGGGGCCCGCUUCCUGUGGUCCCUGCGGAAACCUUCACCCAAGGGUCCUGGUUCAAUGAACCCGCCCUCUGACUACGCACCCUCAGAUUUGGCUCUAAUUCUACCCCCGGGUUUCUUGGAUCGGACGGCAGGAAUUGGAAAAAUCAUCGGAUGGGCCCCUCAGGCCCAAAUUCUGGCCCACCCAGCCACCGCAGGCUUUGUUUCCCACUGCGGUUGGAAUUCUACCCUUGAGAGCAUAUACUUUGGUGUGCCCAUUGCCACCUGGCCACUCUUCGCAGAACAGCAGAGCAAUGCCUUUUUACUGACGCGUGAGCUGAAGAUAGGUGUGGAGAUCUCGUUGGAGUACAGGGUGGAGUUGAACACUUUGUUGAGCGCCGAGAAGAUAGAAAAAGGAAUAAGGAAUUUGGUGGAGAUUGAUGAAGAGAUAAGGAAGAGAGUGAAGGAAGUGAGUGAAAAGAGUAGGAAAACUUUGUUGGAAGGUGGAUCUUCACACUCUAAUUUAGGACGUUUGAUUGAUUAUAUAAUGAAUCAGGUUUAG